UAACGAAGCCACUCCAAUCAAGAUGCAGUCUACAAUCGUCCUCGCUCUGCUCUGCUGCAUUGUCGGUGCUGUGGUGGCAUAUCCGGCCGAAGACAUGACGAUGCCCUCGACGCCAUCGCCUCGCUAUCCCCUCAACUUGCAGGGCGGCGGCGGGGCCCAGGAGCGCGAAGGAUUCAACUUUGGAGUGCGUGGCAGCGAGAACGUGUGGAGGAGCGACAACGGACGGCACGAGAUCGACGUAAACGGCGGAUAUGCCCAGCGUUUGGGCGGAAAGUGGGGCAACUCGGAGCCGAGCUACAGCGUUGGCACCAACUACCGCUACAGAUGGUAGACCACCUUUGUAUUGCCCUAGUACCUUUGAAAUAUUAAAAAAUAUACAUACAUACAUCGAAACAUA